AGGACCCUGCACGUGUCCUUGCUGCUGGCAGCCGAGGCCCCAUAGGACCCUCUUCCUCCUCUCCCCAGUCUGCCCCACGCUUUAUGUGCUGAUGCACAGAGAGGAGAGAUCCCAGGGGAGCCAUUCUCAGGGCCACUGAUGUUCUCACCAGUGCGCUGCUGAGCGGAGGGGGACCUGGCAGGGUGGGAGCAGCACGAGUGCUUUGUGUUGCCAAACUAGGUCAUGCCGUGAACUCGAGUGAUGUGGCAGACAGAGCUAAAAAUACAGGCAGAGCCGAGCGAUUCCCCAGCAGCUGUGAAGGGCUGCAGCCCCAUUGGGUCAGACUUUGACCUCGACCCGGCCACAUCCACGAUGGUCACUGGGGUCCUUGGGCUGCUGUGAUGGGGUGAUUCAGGAGCAGGUAAUGGAAAAGCUCACCAGGGGCUGCAGGGCCAGAAUCAACUCCCCCAGACACAUCUCAGCUGGUGGUGUAAGUCCCUGCAAGGCAACUUGCAGUGUGCUGUUUGGAGAGCCCGUCCUGCAAAACCUGGGCAUCUCAUCCCCUGCUCCUCACCUGUCCCAGAAAACAGCCCCAUCUUCCUGUAAUUAUAAACGUGUGAACCGUUAGUUACUGCAAAAUAACGUGGAGGAGAGAGGACGGCAACACAACCCCAGUCUGAUGCAAAAAACUCAUCCAACCAAAUUUUGCUCCCUUAGAAGGGUGCAUUAGUUGUAGUGUCACACAAGGGGGGCAUCAAGCAGAUGUGGACAGGUGUGGGGUGUGCUACCGGGACACGGCCGGGUCCUGCACAGGAGAGCUGCUGGAAGGCUGUGGGUGGAGCCCUCCCCAGCCCCAUGGCUUGCAGGGACCCACAGGGCAGCUCAAAGGCUUCUUCUAUCCCUUCUUUGGCACUUUGGUUGUGCCCUCUGUGGUCAGCUCUCCUUAUGCUGCAGGAGAGCACAGGCAGGUCAGUGCUGCUUUUCUCAUCCUCCGCCUCUACUUUCUGCACUUGGAGCCAGAGCCGUGUUGCCGGAGCACCGCAGACGAGAUUCCUUCUGACUGACCUUCCCCUGACAAUGCCUACAUUUCUUUGCAUUGUGUCUUCUUCGGAUGAAACAUUUCCCCCAUCGCUGCUGGAAAGCUGGCCUACUUUCAUUCUGCCAGCUGAGAUGGGUUUGUGCACGGAGAAGAUCCCAGUUGCUCUGUGCAACUUCUCUGUCGCAAUUAUUCAGCGCCAGCCCUUCUGCUUCCAGCAGCUGUAUAAUGCAUCAGCUGUGUUUUGUGCUCAUUUCUCAAUCAAUGAAAACAUUGAUUAGUGUCAGGCUGGGACCAAAUCCCGCAGAAUCCCUCUAAAUCAUCUCUGUGUACUGAUGACUCCUUGUUUGGAGAUGGGUUUACAGCUCUCCAUCCAUUUAAUGGGGGCUUUAUUGAGAUUGUAUAGAGCUAAAUUUGUAAUUAGGGUGUCAUAUGAUAUCAAGUCAAGCAGGCUGCCAAAAGCUAAGCAAAUAAUGGCAACAUGGUAACCUUUAUCUACAAACUUGCAAUUUUCUCCCAGGAUGAAAGGAGGCUCAUUUGACAAGACAUGUUCCAUUAUACCACGCUGAUAGGUAUAUUUUUAAUCCUCAAAUUCAAUAUUAAUUGAAUCCUGUGUCUCCAUUGCUCAGUCUGAGCGCCGUGCCGGCCCGGCGCGCUGUUGGGGCAGGCAGAGCAUCCUGCUGAGCCUGGCAUCUCCCUACACCUCCAGCAAGCGAGCACAGCCCAGCUUGGCACAUUGCUUGAGAGCCUCAGGUGCAAAUCACACAGAUCUGCUGAUGGAGGAACUGCACGGAUCCACCCGUGAUGCUCCCCACUGUUAGCAGCCCAGAGAGUAUUGCACCACCUCAUGUCUGACAUUGCCAGCCUUUCUAAAAGCAGAAGGGAACGGUGAGUGCCUUCUUGCCAGCAAUGCACCUCUUCACGUGGAAACACCACGGCUCCUCUGUGCUGGGAGAUUCCUAAUUUGGUCCAGGUGAACUGUGAGCAAGGCGGGGUCACAUUGCCCUCAGCACUGCCCUCAGCAUGAGGAUGGACUGGAGACACCCAGGGCUGUCUCUGACCAAUGCUGCUAAUGCUCCUCCAGCUCUAUGGGACAGACCUGCAGUAUUUCUCUUGUUCCUAACGCAUUUAGAGAACAGCUGCUCACUGCUCAUGGCUUUGCCAGCCAUGGAUUUUCCUCUGUCCAUUUAUUUUAUCAAUAUCUGCCUCAUAACUCACUUUGGUGAUUGCUAUGUAUUGAUUGCUCUUUAUUACUUUAUUCCUCUUUGUAUAUACCGUCACUUUGCUUCCAACUGCUGUUUUCAGGUUACCAACUUAGAGGAUGGGUCUGCAGCCAGAAUUAUGUUUUCUUGACUGUGCAGAAUUAGCUUUUGUGAUGUAUUGCAAGUGCCUCUGAAGGAACUGCUAAUUCUCCCACUCUAACAGUUGUUGAUUUUUUCCCCUUCAGUUUUCCUCAUAAUUUUUAAAACCUUUGUGAAAUCUGACUACUGGUUACACAGGUAUGGAAUGGUACUGAUAAGCUGUGCCUCUGUGGCAGCCAUGUGUCCCCCUGGAAGCCUGGUGCACUGCUUUGCUGUCUGCAGCGUUGCACACCUUUUGUUUUUGUCUGAGUUUCCCCACUGCUGCUCAUGCUGACCUGCCUUCAGCCUUUGAUAGGACUGGAAUGUGUUGCUGUGGCUCUCUCCAGCUCUUUACUUCUCCUGGAAGAGUCAUUUCUUCUUUCAGCCUUUGCUCACAGUCUGCACUUCUGCACCACUGGUGUCCCUUUGUGCCCAGCUGGCCCAAAUCCCCACCGUGGCCAGAACAGGGCCAGAUCCUCCAUCCCACGCCGUACCAGCCCUGUGCUGGCUGCACACAAUGGCACACUGCUGCACCGUUUCUCACACGAUGACAUCCACCUUUUCCACUUGAGCACACUGCUGUUGGCUGCAGUUCUGCUGAAGAUUUGCAGUGGCACACAGGUCUUGUGGAGCGCUGACAGAUUCAGCUGCUGCCCGUUCCAAGUCCCAGCCAAAUCCCAUUCAGCCCAUCUGAUUUCACCAUAGUAACUGGGACUGUUCUUUUUCCUCCCCUCAGGGCAGCUUGGAAGUGGGGCACAGAGUCAGCAGAACGCAUAACCCCCUUGCAAUGUGCACACACCGUAUGCACUCUUUUCCUGUGCCCUGGGCUAUUAUAUUUGCAGAUGUGGAAUUUGUUAUCCUUGCCAACAGGAUCUUAACCUAUGACUCUUUGGUGCCUGCAUCUUUGUGUGAUGCCUCAGCUACAAUGCAUGGUGCCUAUUUUGAUACAUCCUUGCUGUGGUCAGGAGCUGCUGACAGCCCUGAAUGCGUGUGCAGCUCCUGUGGGAGUGUCCCCGUGGUGCCCAGAGCUGCUUCUUGUCAUUAGUGUGGGCUCAGGUAUGCACUUCAGGCCACAAAGGAGCUAUGGAAAGCCCUGUAAAUACAAACACACAAUAUGGCAAACCCCAGAUCUCUUUUCCUCACCUCCCUUCCAGCUUCUCACUCCUUCUGCCAUAACCAUCACAAAUAGUUUCCUUCCGCCCACCAGGAGGGAAAGGCUAAAUGCAUCCCUUAUCAUCCUCCAGCUGAGCUCUCUGAGUCAUCUUGCCUGUGAGUUUCUGCCUCCUCUCCUUGCUCCUUGGCCUCGCUCUCUGCAGGAUCAGCUCACAGCUGCCACUCCCUUGCAGAACCCCAUGCCAGGCAAAGUGCAUCAGAGCAAGAUGGGCUCUGCUGUGCAGAGUGUGAGUGCUGCAUUUCCAACUCUGCCUGAAUCCUAACAGUAAUAGAAAACGUGCAAGACAGCAGGUUUCAUUCGUGUGCACAGCGCUUUAAAUUACAGCAAGGAUUGGGCAUGGUGCAGGGAGUGGAUCUGAGCUUCAGUGUCUGGAUGUUUGCAGAGAGAUGCUCACACAAACUCUCCUUUAACAACAAUAUUUUUCUUUCCAUCUUAAAUAUAACACAGCCACUUUGGACUUCAACAUUUCUCCUGCGGGGCUCCAACGUCAGAACAAAGGCUUGUUGUUAUUUUGCCAAACUGAAGUACUGGGAUGUGGAUGGAGCAAAAACUGAGUAAUCACUGAAUCGUUGAGCUAUCAGUUACCAUCAGUGACAGCUCCUGGAGCUGUUUGGGAAUCCCAGCCGUGAGAAACCUCUAUUGCUUUGGGCCAAGUCCUGCUCCUCCAUGGCUGCUGAAUGAAUGGCCCCUGCCAGUGCUGAAGGACCCUGGAAGAAAAACGUGUCUCUGAGCGGCAAGGGCUUUUGGAGAAUACCUUUCACAAAAUCAUCCUGAAGGCAGAAAUGGCUCAGAUCACCUGUUAGCAGACUCCUACAUCGGGCAGGAGGACUCCCCCGAGAUGCAGCAGGCAGCACAGAACAAGCGCAGGCUCUCUGUCAUCUCCGAUGGCAAGUUUGAGAGGAGCUUCUCUGAGGAGCAGACAGAGAAGAUGCCAAGCGAAGGACCGAAGCCACGAGUCUACACGAUCUCUGGCGAGAGGCCGAUGCUGUCAGACCACGAGAACGAAAGUAUGGAACUGGUGGUGAUGAAAGGGGCUGCCCAAGAGGAAUGUCACCACGGCCACCCCGUGCACGGUGCUGGUGGCUCUCACGGUGUCAGCAGGCAUUGCAAGGGCUGGCCUGGAAGCCGGCAGGGAUCCAAGGAGUGCCCAAACUGCACCCGGCUGGCUGCUCCUUCCCAUCAUUCCUUUGACCUUGAGCCGCAUCAAUCCGGCGAGACUGGAUGGCACAGAAAAAGGCUGGAAAGGAUGUACAGUGUCGAUCGAGUGUCUGAUGAUGUCCCCAUACGAACCUGGUUCCCAAAAGAGAACCUCUUCAGUUUUCAAACUGCUACUACAACUAUGCAAGCCAUCUCGAAUUUUCGGAAGCACCUCCGCAUGGUGGGGAGCCGAAGGGUUAAAGCACAAACAUUUGCCGAACGGCGUGAGAGGAGCUUCAGCAGGUCCUGGAGUGACCCGACUCCCAUCAAAGCUGAUUCCUUCCAUGACUCUCGAGAAAGCCAUGACCUUCAGGAUUCCUGUGGCACUUUGGAUGGUGACUUUGACUUGAACUGGGAAGCAGAAAAGGAGCUUGAAGCCAUGGCGUGUGACGGAGAAGACUUUAUUCCACCAAAAAUAAUGCUCAUUUCUUCGAAGGUGCCCAAAGCUGAGUAUGUCCCAACAAUUAUCCGCAGGGACGAUCCCUCCAUCAUCCCCAUUCUCUAUGACCAUGAACACGCCACCUUUGAUGACAUCCUAGAGGAAAUAGAGAAGAAGCUUAACAUUUAUCGGAAAGGCUGCAAAAUCUGGAAGAUGCUGAUAUUUUGCCAGGGGGGUCCAGGUCACUUAUACUUGUUAAAGAACAAAGUUGCCACUUUCGCCAAAGUGGAGAAGGAGGAAGAUAUGAUCCUCUUCUGGAAGAGGUUGAGCCGUCUGAUGAGUAAAAUCAACCCUGAACCAAAUAUCAUUCACAUCAUGGGCUGCUAUGUUCUUGGAAACCCCAAUGGGGAGAAGCUAUUUCAGAAUCUGAAAAACUUAAUGAAUCCUUAUAGGGUUGCCUUUGAGUCUCCACUUGAACUAUCAGCUCAAGGUAAGCAAAUGAUUGAGACUUACUUUGACUUCCGCCUUUACCGCCUCUGGAAGACCCGCCAGCACUCUAAACUUUUGGAUUACGAUGACAUUUUAUGAUCUGGAGAAGACUUUGCAAGAAGUUGUUGAUCACCAGUGUCCAAGAAGUCAUGCUUAUUGCAGAGAGACUCUUUUAUUGGCACAGGGAGCCCUACAGGAGGCAGCAGUGCUAAAGGGAGGGAAGAAGGAGCCCUCGGAAGUGGAUCGGGAAGAAAGUCUCCUGGGUCAAGAGAGACUGGAGGGGAAGGGGUUUGGCACCUCGCUGGGCUCGGGUCAGAGCCGUGGUGUCUCAGGAGGAGCUGUGUGAAGUGAGGACAGGAUGGAGUUCCUUGCAGAACUGAGCUGUUUUGGGUCAGAAUGGGCCAGAUUGGAUUCCAGGUCCUUUUAAAGACUUUUAAAGCUCAGGUUUUCUUACAAAACAAAAAAUAAAUAAAUUACCCAUGCACUACAAUGAAGAAGUGACCAGAGCACAGAGGAAGGAGGGUUUUGUACUCAUGGGACCUUCUGUGCCUGGGGAUCUCGGAGAGCAAGGACUGCUACACCUACUCCUGCAGGCUUACAUCAAGACGAUCCAGUUUCAAUGUGAAUAUACUGGAAUAUAGCAUUGAAGUCUAACUUUUUUUGGUUUUGUUUAAUAGAAAAUAAGUGCAAUUUUUAUAGAGAGGAGGGCAAAACCCCUCCUGAUAUUUAAUUAGUUAAAAAUAACACACCAGUAACCAAUAGAUGAGGUAUUUUUGGUCUGCUUGAAAAUAUAUUCAGAAUGGUAAUAUAUCUUCUGUAGACAUAUUUAAUCACCAGCAAACAUGGUUUUAACGUAACCUGGCAGACCCUGCAUGUCUGCUGCAUUGAUUAAUCCGGUUUGGUUCAUUACUUUCAGAGUAGCUGUGUUGCACAAAUUGUAUGUGCUCUCACGAAUGUAUAUUUCUCCUCCAAUUAGACACAACUUUGUUACUUUCUAUUUUGCUGCUUGCAAAACUAUGUGACUUUAGUUUUGCUGAAAUAUUUUAGGUUAGAAGUAUGGUACCUGGCUGGGAAGCCUUGGCCGGGUUCACUAUGAUAUAAAAAUGAAUUAGAAAUUAAUAGCCAUGGCAAUUGUUCAUGCCAGUGUUUUGCAAUGUGUUGAGAGAUGAGUUCUCUUUCUGGGCUGCUGUGUCCAGCAGUGGGGGUUCAGACCAUCAGAAGCCCUCCAAGGUGAUUUUUCCCUGAGGCAUUUGGAAGAAAUGCUUCCUGAAGGGUUCAGCACGGGUUUGUAGCAUGAGGUUGAACCUUCCCUACGUUCAUUUGAUUGCGAGUUGUUUGUGCGUAGAUCCCCUCUUUUCCAGUGCUAGAAAGACCUGUUUGUGGGGCAGAGCUGCUCACAUCCCUUCCCGUGCAGGACAAAACGAACGCAGGGCUUUGUAGCAGCAGCUGUGGUUUGAGAGCCCAGAGUUAUAAUUGGUAUUUGAAGAUGAUUUUGGAACAGAUUUACCUUUUGUUCCUUUAGCACAGGGACUGAUAUUUGUUCUGGGAGGGGUUUGGUUUGGUUUGGUUUUCUCCAUCUGCAGCUCUCCAGAGGACAAUUCAAUACCACUUGCAGUCCGUGCAGGUCACUGGCUCUUCUGGGAGGUGAUACACUCCAUUGCUUACAUGAGUAAAAUGAGGAGGUGAACAGGGAGGGAUUGUUUUCCUGAUUUCCUGGGACCUAAAUUAUCAGAUCGUGAUGUGAUGACAAAUACAUGUACAAACCUUGUUUUAAAUACUUACAAAAAGCAGUAGUUGUUCUGAUCUGUAGAGUACUCCUUCCCUCUGUGACGUGUGUGCUGUAAUCCUGGGGGCAGGCUGCUGGCUGGAACUGCUGAACCCUGUACAUUUAGAGCAGUUUCAUAGCAAAAGUUUUGAAGAAAGAAUGUACAUAUGGAAAGUGAAGGGAGGAAUAGGUGGAGAGAGGGAGAGGUUGGGGCCAUGAAGGCAAUGCGUUGAACUGAAUGGCUCGGAGCUGCUUCUCUGCCUGCUGGGCUCCAGCCCCUGACCCGGCUGUGUUUCCAGACCUGCAGUGAAGGGGACAGGCUGUGAGUUUUGGCAGAAAAUGCCAGAUCUAAAACCAAAACCCACGUGGAUGCCAACUGGCUGUGUCUGAGCGUGGUAACCUCCACCAGCAGUGCUUGUGAGAGGUGGGAGCCACAGGCUCAGGAAGCAAAGGCACGUGUUAUUCAGAGCAUGGUCGUGGCAGGAUUAAAAUGCUGAUACAAAACUCUCCCUUUGUGACCUUUUACCUCUGAUGGUUACACUGCUAACUGGAGGCAGACAACUUGUCCUUCCUCUUUCUUUUCUGAAGUCAAAUCCCAAUUCGGUGAACUUGGUAGCAUGGAUGUAGCAUUGUGGAACUAUUGAAAACCUUCUGUAUCUGGGAAAGGGCCCAUUUAUGUAUCCACUUCAGUGAUUCGUCUGUACAAUUAUUGUAUAUCUAUUAGCAUUGACCACUUAUGGAACUCGGGUUGCGAAGUAGAAAGGUGUUUCUUGCAUAACCUCUGUGGGAAGAUGUGUGUUGGAACAAACAGCGCACUGUUGUGCUGCUGCAGCUGACUGCAGUGCCGUGCAACGACAGUGACUGCGUCCCUCUCUUUUCCAAAGAUUAUAAUCAACAUAGUUUGUGGUGUUUAUGACAUGAGCGUAUUAUUUCUGUUGUAGCAUUCUUUUGACUCGAGAUGAAGCACUCUCAGAGCUGUGACUGGGGAGACAAAAGAGUGUUGAUGUUUUCUGUGCAAAUAGCGUCAUUGAAGUGUUAACUGGUUAGAUAGAAAAAAGGGAAUUCUUCCCCUUUUAACCUCUUGAAUUCUGUAAGCGGCUGCUGGGGAAAGGAGGAAUCAGCAGAGAAUGGGGUGAAAAACAAAGUGUGAGCAUUACAAACAGAGCCUGUGACUCCUCAGCUGGACCUGCCUGCAUGGCACGACCUGUGUGCACGCUGCUGUCGGAGCCGAGCGGGGUCUGUCCUUCCCAAGGCCUCUCUGUGCUCCCUUCAGCUCUGAACUGCGCUGUUGGUAUAUGUGUCUGUCUGAAGCCAUGAAACCACUUUGCUCGCACACAGUAAUUGCUGUCUGAGUUGGAGCUCCCCUGUAAGGAAGGGGAUCCUCGGGAGCAGUUUGCAGCACGGCUGUGCCCACGUUAACCUGCUCUCCUAGGGGAUCUGCAGCCCUUCUGCUGUGCUGUGCUUUGGGCUCUGCCCCAGCAUGGGCCUUCUGCUUGCCUGCUGUUCCUGCGGCUCCAGGGGUUGGAUUUGCUCUUAGUGGGGGCAGGAGAAACCACAGCAUCCUAUGAACGUCCUGUUUAACCCGGAGAGAAGUGGGAUAAAUUGGGAUACCUACAUGGGUGCACCUCAGCAAAGUGUCAGAGUUUGUGCCCUCCUUGCUGAGGGGCAGUGUAGGCUGUGACUCCAACCCUUUACCUGGGCUGAGGAAUGCCAGUAGAGAGCUCUGCUGGGCUCAGACUGGGAGCAGCCCAGCAGGAUCAGCUCAGUCACCUGCUCCAGAAGCUGGAGAUGCCCAUCUCUGUGGUUGUGGCACUUGUCCUGUACAGGGUUUCCUAGAACGGCUUUUCUCCGUUGGCUGGGAAGGAAGAGAAGGAAGAGAAAUGGUGCCCUAAGGGACAGAGAAAGAGUCAGAAAACUGUUAACAACUCUUUGCAUCUCUCCUCACAGUGCAGCUGCCAGCUUCCUUUGCAGCUGGCCUCCAGGCCUGGGAUGGGAAGCAGACGAAUUAGCAGAUCAGCCCUUUAAUUGCAUUAAACCAAUAAAUUCAUACCAGUCUGCGUAGCUCCAGUGAAACCUCUGACUGCAGAAGGCAAACAGCCCAUCCUGGCCCUGCUGUGUGUACUGUGGGUUCCCACUCCCUCCACCUCCGAGCACCUCAGGAGCUCUCUGAGCCUCAUCCCAUGCCUGUGGGGAGCCCUGCUUGCCUCCCAGCAAUGCUGCUUUGCUGAGAGCUCUCUGGAAAGGAAUUUGUCCCUUGUUUCUCAUCCUGGACUUGUCUGGAGAUGCACACAGGUUUCCUGCUCCAGUGGCUUCUGGACAGAACGUCUGUCUGUGCUUUCACAUCGCCUCUUGAGGCAAUGUCACCAUUGUUUGUGCUGUGUUUGCAUCUCCAGCUCUUGGCACACAUCCGCUCUGCAUCCACUCUGCAAAUAGCUGCUGCUGCGUCGGGACACUGCUGUGUUAGUGGGCUGUGGCUGUGAGUUCCUGUCCUCAGGGCUCUGCUGAGGGUGACUGCAAAUGUGGCUUCAUUGCCUCCAGGCAGCACAAAUGGGGCGGUCAGAAGAGCAGAAGGCACAGAUGUUGAGCAGCCCCAGCACAGGGGGAGCUGCAGGUGGCAUCCUGAACCCAGGCCCUGCUGGGAGGUGCACAGCAUACUCGACUCACUCUGCUUGCUGUCUGCAUAAACGUUCAACUCAUCACAACCCAGUUUAGGAGUGACACAUACAUAUGUUACCUACAGUGCUUCAGUUCAGGAUGCGAUAUGUUACUAUAAUUCAAAAACAAUCCUUCCAGGGCCUUUGGCAAUUGGCACGGGUUGCCAUGCAGCAGAGGAUGUGCCGGGUUGUGCCAUGCAGCCGCGCUGCCAGCAGCAGGAAGCAGAUCUGCAGCCACACGCUGGGCUGAGUCACUCUGUGUUGGUUUCCCUGACGUUCCCUGGCGAUGCAGGCAGACCUUCCUGGAGGGUGACACACAAACAUCCUCCCCGGGGUCGUGGAGCGGCAAUGCCACCUUCCAAGCCAUCUAUAAAAAUAGAGUCGUUUGUGAUCCGCGUUUUGUCCCACCAAUCAGAGCAUCUGCGGCCUUCUGUGUCUUUCCUGGGACUGUGUUUUAUUUCUCAGGCAUGGAAACGCAAGCCAAAGUCAACUGGAAACUGUUACGGUCUUGAUGAGAAGUCAGCCUACUGCUAACUUUGUUUACUGGAGUUAAGUGAGUACAUGGGUGGUUUAAUGGCCGUGAACCUGACAGUGAUUGCCGUUAUCCGGGGUAAUUGUGCUGUGCAAUCAGCAGGGCAGUAGGAUAGCAGGGUUGGCUGUCUACCUAAACUCCCAGCGAUAGGAACUGGCAGCUACUUUGAUUCAAAGGUGCAUUCUGUCCAACGUACUUCCCAUCAGCGUGGAAAGCCUGGGAGACUGGAAGUAAUAAAACAUGGACAUGAAAUGUGAAGAAUCCCCCUAAGAGAAUCUAAGCUGCGUUUUUUCCAUUUUAGAGCAUCCUUAAAACUGAAAUGUAAGGGCAUAUAGAAAGCAUCUAGGGUCCUGUGAUGUACUGAUGGUCAGGCAGCAGUGCUCAGUCAAUGGGCGCUGUGCUCUCUGCAUCCAGACGAGCUGAUGGUUAUCACAGCAGUAGUGGCCCCAGAUGUGUUCCCAGCCAGCAGAGCGCUGUGUGUGCCCCUUGUAACAGCAUAGCCCAUCACGUGAGCCAACAAGUACAUACAGCAAUAAGCUGCCAGCACAGCACCUCCCCUGCCCCUGCUGUCAUUGGCUUUUGUGUGUCUGACAGUCAUCUUCCCGUGGUUGUGUGUGGCUGUGAUGAGCUGUAUGCAGGGAUGAUCCUUACGCAGGGAAUGGGACUGCAGUGGUGCUGAGAGGGCUGUGGCUGUUGGCAUGGGGAUGUGCUGCUGGCUCAGGACAGCACACGUGCACACAGGUGAUAUUCAAAAAGCUUCAAUGGAGAGUGGGGGGCUGCUGGAUUUUGGGGCCUCCACUCAAAGGUCCUGCUGGUACAGAGCUGGGAAUUCGAGUACAGCACAGGAAUCCUUGCCCUGGCUUUUGAAAUGCCCUCAAACCAUCUCAGACACAGCAGGGUGAGGUGCUCUGUGUGGGGUGCUGCUCCCUGUGCAGGCCGUGUCCCUGUGCUCCCCCUGACACUGCUCGCCAAAUGAGACCUUCUUUUGUUGGGUGUUGAGAUGGGGAGGACUGAAGGAACUGAGCUGUGUGUGCCACACUGCAGGGAAACACAUUGGAAUGGUACCUGAGUGAGCACGAAGGGGCCGCAGAUUUUCCACUGUGUGCUUCCUGUUGUUCUUUAACAACACUAUUCCUGGAACUGGGCGACUUCGGUUGCGAUGCCAAGCAACAGCCGCAGCAAAAACCAUGCUUGCAGGCCUGGGAGGUCAGCGUGCUUUUAAUAUCUCAACUAUUUCUGCGGAGUUCAGACAGCACUUCUCAUUUCCAGCUCCUUUGCUCAGCUGGUUGGAGUUGGAGACGUCGGCCCCAGGAGAGCCUCCGGGACGGAGGGCAGUGCUGGCUGCAGGCAACGGCUGUCUGAAGGGAGAGUCUGGGAAAUGGAGCUUGCCACCUCUGAGCUCAGCAGGCCCCACACCAGCAGGCUGCUCCGUGGGGAGGAGGAAGGAAGCUGUAAGCAGGGCCGGGCUGCGGGCUGGCUCUGUGCUGGGGGCAGCCCUGUGCCACGCUGCCGCCCAUGGUGUUCCUCUGAGCCUAUCUGCUGCUUUGUGUAUGAUAAGCAGGUUUCAAUGACGUGAAUGUUUCUAGGUUUUAAGAUGUGAUUUAAUAAAAAGAGACGUUUCUGGGAAA